AUGGGUAGCAAACCUGCGGCCCCGCCGCCGCCGAAGAAAGGGCCCGCGAAAGCAGCAAAGAGCCCCAGCCCGAAACCUCAACCGCUCGCAUACGCGCCCCGCGCCCGCGCACCCCGCCUCCAAGCUGCGCAGGCUGCCAUCAAUGCAGCAAAACCACCACCGCCGCUCCCGCGCAGCCGGCGCGUGCCGCUCAUCGGCGCCUGCUUUGUCGGCGCGGGCAUCGCCUUCUACUUCGGAUCGGUGGGCUAUUCGAUGCUGAACCCGUACCAACCAACACACCCGGUACCCGCAGACGUGUCAGACAGGUACGACCGCACAGCGGCUACAUACGACGAGGAGAUCGGCGCAACGGAGAAGACACUCGGCCUGAAUAGGCUGCGGAAGAAGAUGGCGCGCCAAGCGAGCGGCGACGUGCUCGAGGUCAGCGCGGGGACGGGCAGGAAUACAAGAUUUUACAAUUGGGAGAAGGUGAGGAGCUUGGUGCUCUUGGAUCAGAGCGCUCCAAUGCUUGAGGUGGCAAAGACAAAGUGGGAGGAGCUGAAGAGGGAGAAGGAAAUAAGGAAUAAGCAAAUGGUCGGCCCGAGGGAGAAGAUUGGGAGCGUGGAGUUCAGGGCACAGAGCGCGUUCGACCCCAUUGAGGGUCCCAGGCUGGAAAAGGCCCUCGAAAAGGGUGAGGAGGCAGGAAGGUUUGACACUAUUGUGCAAACCAUGGGACUGUGCUCUACAGCCGAGCCUGAGAAGCUGCUGCAGCGCAUGGAAGACGUUCUGAAGAAAGAUGGGAGGAUAUUGCUGCUGGAGCACGGAAGAGCAUCACACAACUGGCUGAACAACUUUUUGGACAAAGCAGCCCCAGGACACGCAGAUAAACAUGGCUGUUGGUGGAAUAAAGACAUUGGGGCUAUCGUGGAAAACAGCGGGCUGGAAGUUGUCCAGAUCAGCAGACCCUGGUAUCACCUUGGCACGACAUGGUGGGUAGAACUGCGGAAAAGCCAGAAGGCGCAGGCGGAAGCGGCACAGCGGAAAUCAUUAGAAGGCGGGGGAAAAGAGCGGGAUGGGUCUGAUAGGGCGGCCGGAAAAGGUGGCUGGUUUGGCGGCUGGAGGUCGUCAUAA